UGCUUGGUGAUGCUGGAGGUUCUGGAGCCCAGGCGGCUGCAGCUGGCGCCGCGUCUGCCCCGCGUGCCCGGAGCGGAUUCUGUCCACCGCCCCCGGAGCCCUCGGCGCCCGGCUGAACGCGCGAUCUCUUCCUCCCUGUGACCGAUCAGCGUUGCAGGUGCGGAGCUGGGCUGAAGGUGGCUUAGAGCCUAGCAAUGCCGUUUGGGUGUGUGACCCUGGGAGACAAGAAGAACUAUAACCAGCCAUCGGAGGUGACUGACAGAUAUGAUUUGGGACAGGUCAUCAAGACUGAGGAGUUCUGUGAAAUCUUCCGGGCCAAGGACAAGACAACAGGCAAACUGCACACUUGUAAGAAGUUCCAGAAACGGGACGGUCGCAAGGUGCGGAAGGCGGCCAAGAAUGAAAUUGGCAUCCUUAAGAUGGUAAAACACCCUAACAUCCUGCAGCUGGUAGAUGUGUUUGUGACCCGCAAGGAGUACUUCAUCUUCCUGGAGCUGGCCACGGGGAGGGAGGUGUUUGACUGGAUCCUGGACCAGGGCUACUACUCGGAGCGAGACACGAGCAACGUGGUGCGGCAGGUCCUGGAGGCUGUGGCCUACUUGCACUCACUCAAGAUCGUGCACAGGAACCUCAAGCUAGAGAACCUGGUUUACUACAACCGGCUAAAGAACUCAAAGAUUGUCAUCAGCGACUUCCACCUGGCUAAGCUUGAAAACGGCCUCAUCAAAGAGCCCUGUGGAACUCCGGAGUAUCUGGCCCCGGAGGUGGUAGGACGGCAACGGUACGGACGCCCCGUGGACUGCUGGGCCAUCGGCGUUAUCAUGUACAUCCUACUUUCAGGCAACCCACCCUUCUAUGAGGAGGUAGAAGAAGAAGAUUAUGAGAACCAUGAUAAGAAUCUCUUCCGCAAGAUCCUGGCUGGUGACUAUGAGUUUGACUCUCCGUACUGGGAUGAUAUUUCUCAGGCAGCCAAAGAUCUGGUCACAAGGCUGAUGGAGGUGGAGCAAGACCAACGGAUCACUGCGGAAGAGGCCAUCUCCCAUGAAUGGAUUUCUGGCAAUGCUGCUUCUGAUAAGAACAUCAAGGAUGGUGUCUGUGCCCAGAUUGAAAAGAACUUUGCCAGGGCCAAGUGGAAGAAGGCUGUCCGAGUGACCACCCUCAUGAAACGGCUCCGGGCGCCAGACCAGUCCGGCGCAGCUGCAGCUCAGUCCGCCUCAGCCACGGACGCUGCCACUCCUGGGGCUGCAGGCGGGGCUGCGGCUGCAGCUGUGUUUGGAGCUGCCCUGAAAUCGGGGGGCAGUGCUUCUGCAGCUGCAGCAGGUGAUACCUCGUGUGCCACCAGUGGCGAUCAAACAGCCUCUGCAGAACGUAGUGCCACCCCGGCCACGGAUGGCAGCGUCACCCCAGCCACUGAUGGCAGCGUCACCCCAGCCACGGAUGGGAGCAUCACCCCAGCUACGGAUGGGAGCGUCACCCCAGCCACUGACAGGAGCGCUACACCAGCCACUGACGGGAGAGCCACGCCAGCCACAGAAGAGAGCAGCACAGCGCCCACGACCCAAAGCAGUGCCACAACAGCUGUGAAGGCAGCUGUCACCCCUAUGUCCCAGCUGGACAGCACAGCCCUAGAGGGUGCCACGGGCCAGGCUCCACCCUCUAGUAAAGGGGAAGAGGCUACUGGCUGUGCCCAGGAGUCUCAGAGGGAGGAGGCCAGUUGAGUAGGCAGCCUGAUGGGGGUUUUGAGGGAUGGGCAGGAGGGUGGGAGAGUGAAUGAGGGGCUUCUCAUUGUACAUAUAAGAGUCACUGGCAUGAUGCCCUCGCUCCCCCAAGCCCCCCCAUCCCAGUGGGGCAUGCCUGGGGGGCCACGGGAGAGCAGUCUUGUCUCCUGUGUGUAUGUGUGUGAGUGGUGGGCAGGCCAGAGGCAGGGCCAGCCCUAGCCCAUGCAUGGAUUCCUCGUGGCUUUUCUGUCUUUCGCUAGCUUCACCAGUUUCUGUUCCUUGUGGGAUGCUGCUCUAGGGAUACUCAGGGGGUCCUUGUUCUCCUUCCUUUCCUGCCUCAUCCCCCUCCCCCCACCCCAGGCAGGCCCUGCAAGUCCUAAUCCUUUCCCAAGCCCUAAAUCGGGUGGCCUUGCCCUGAGAGCUGGUCCUCCAGCGAGGCCCUGUCAGCAGUGGUAGGCUCCCGCACACGGAGGUGUAGACCUGUGGUGUGUGGGCCGCUCUAGGAGUGGACACCAGCUGCUAGAGAGGAUGCAGAAAUCUAGGGCAGUGUGCUUUAAGUCAAGACUGGUCACAUGGCUGGGGAUAGUGCAUGGGAGCCGUGGGGGGGGUCCUCAGAAGUGGGAGAGAAUGAAUAGGAGGGUAGAAGCUUCCAUCUUUGUCCCGGGGAAGGCCCUCGGAAGACCCUUGUGUUACGUAAUGCCCUCCUUAGUCCUGUGGUGGGCUGCUCCAUACCCUGAUCCUCAUGAACUUCUAAAGGGAAUGGAGGAGCCCUUAGGAGGUGCAGUGAGACCUGGGAGAGCAGAGUACAGGACCAGUACUCAGUGCCCCAGCCUAGUUGGGUCUUUACCCUGGGCCAGACAGGGAGGGCUGAUAUUUCUGUGCUCUUCCCAAGAUGCUACCGCCGUAGGGUAAGACCUCGCUCAUGGCCACCCCGAGCCACCCCGGGCGGGCUCAGGCCAUCAAUCCUCUCCCUCCCAGGGAGUGGGAGGGGGCUGCUGCAUGGCAGUACCUUUGGGAGCUUGUUUUUCACAAGGGCAAAUUCACUGCUCUCAAUUCAACAACAUUGAGAAGAUCCUUCUCUAUUUCUAUUAUUAUCACAGGCCCACGUGCCUCUCAGCCAUGUUAAGUUGCUUUUGCUGGGAUGAGGAUUGUAGAAUCAAGACUCCCCAGUUCCCUGAGGGAGGUUCCGACAGGUGCCCUUUGUCAGACCCUAUUACAGCCUGGACAGGUAGCCACGCUGGUCCUCGCCCUUGCUUGGCACUCCACGGUGGUCCUGCCCUUCUCCCUGCAUGCCUGUGGGUCUGCUCUGGUAUGUGAAGGUCGGUGGGCUAACUGUGUGCCUGCUGAACCUGGCAAAUAAACGUCACCCUGCAAAGCC